CUUGGUACAGGAAUGGAUGAAGACAUCGAGGCCGAGUUCAGACGCUUGCAUCAGAGGUUGCGCGAAAAAUAUCAAAUUGAUCAAAUUUCAAUUUGGGGCAUUCAGCAACCCCUUAUUCGAGCCCUUAUAGGAAAAUCAGAAAAUUAUGGUGUAACAGGGAUUGGUAGUUUCCAGCAAACAUUUGAGUUGAACCGAACGGAGUAUGCUUGGAAAGCCACUGUCCCCAACGGAGAAGUCAUGGCACUCUGUCCAGGCAAACGACCUGUGCAAUUUUACGUGGUCAGUAACUGUACUGGAUUUCCACAGUUACCUGCGUCUCAGGUGGUCAGUCAUGACAGCUUCUUUGUUUUCACCAACUGCACAGGAGGUUUCCGAUCGUUAAUAUUUAAACAGGACUUGAAUGAGGAAACUCGCGAUGUGAAUGCCAAAACCGAUCAAGCAGACUUCCCGUGGAAUGACUUCUCUGCGUUGAGCUGCUCAUUCACACGGGCUUGA